CUGACAUCUCUUUUUCCCGCCUUUUAGCAAUUUGCGCGUCUAAUUCCUCAGCUUUUUUGUAUGCAUCCUCUGAAAUGACAGCCAACAAAGCUGGCCGCUACAUAGUACGCCCUGCACGAGCGUCUCUGCUCUCGUGCACUGAACCCAAACCCACACAGCUCCGACUACAUGGCACGGCAGCGCCAACAAUAGCAUGCGCAAAGGGCGAUGAUGACAGUGGUGACAGCAACGACGAAAGCGACGAGCAGCUGGAUAUCUGGCGGCCACAGCCGGCCCCCGACCCCUUACGCAAUCCCUCACCGCUCUUGUUUACAGCCGAUGAGCUGAGCGAUGUCGAAGAGCGACUAGAUUUUUGGCUAUGCCCAGAGAUCCGGAACUGGAUACUGAGUGAUCUGAAAGCAGAGGAAUGGAAAAGGCAACGGCUGGUGCUGGACAGAGAGGCAGAGGAGCGGCGAAGAGAGAAGGAAAACAAGGCGAAGGAAGAAGACGAGGACGAGGCUAUGGAGAGCGAUGAGGCGAGUGAUGACGAUGCACCUCGGCGGCAACACACUCGGCGACGUAUCUGCGUAGACUCUGACGACGAGGACAGCUCUGACGGCGAUUCUGGAGAUGAGGAAUUGCCUGUAGAACCCAAACCAACGAUAAUGUCAUCGCCCACCAUGCAUUCACCCGAGCUUGCCGCGCAAUCUCUCCUGAUCCCUGAGCUCUUGCCCAAGGGCUUCCUGCCUACCAUCGACCUGCAUUCUGGCGAUUCCCACAUGCUUGUCGAGGAAUCGCAGAUCAAGGAGGAGGAGGAGCAGGAAUCCACCAUGGAUGUUGAUACGCAGAAGGCAGUGGUGGACUUUGGGCUCGGGCUGGAUAUCGAUAUGGACGACCGGCCGAAGCCAGAUGAGUUUGUGGAUGUUGACCAAUCAAUCAUGGAUAUUGAGGCGUUCUUGGAAAGAGAUAUUGAUGUGUUUAUGCCGUCAGACGUAACGACUGGGAGCGCCAUUCCGUCGGCGUUCUCGAUUGGGUUGAAGUUCUCGCCAAAGCUAGGCAAGAGCAUCUCAACGAUAUCCAGAGCUGACGGCUCCACAGUCAAAAUCAGAGAAGAGCUUACACCUGUGGCCAAACACAUCCGCGAGAUCAUCCUAUCAACAGGUCCGAUCUCAAUCGCGCAGUAUAUGCAGCUGGCACUGACCAGCCCUGUUGGCGGCUACUAUACGCGGGGGCAGGUAUUUGGCCGCUCAGGCGACUUUGUCACAUCGCCUGAAAUCAGCCAGAUGUUUGGAGAGAUCAUGGCGGUCUGGUAUGUCUUGCACUGGGAGAUGAUGGGACGGCCAGCCAAAACGAGAUUUGUGGAGUUAGGGCCCGGGCGCGGCACGCUGAUGGACGAUAUGCUGCGGGCUGCCCGGCGAUUCCCACAGUUCUUCGCAACGAUCCAGGGAGUUGACUUUGUUGAGCGUAGCCCUGAGCUGCGCAAGAUGCAGCUUGAGAAGCUGGGUUGCAUGCAGGAGUCGAUGCAGCCUGUGGAGGAUAAGAACGAGCCAGAUACGCCGGCCAGUGCUGUCAGCGAAAAGUAUGGCGGGAUCUCAGCCCGCUGGCACACAGUGCUGGAGGAGGUCAGCGUAGAUGCCGACUGCGUGCCGCUGGUCAUGGCGCACGAGUUCUUUGAUGCCCUGCCAAUCUACAAGUUCGAAAAGGGCGCUGGCGGAUGGAGCGAGAUUCUUGUUGACCUCGAUGACUCGGAUAGCUCAGCAACCACGGCGACCACCUCGGCCAAGCUGGCAAGCUCGCCGCACAGCUCGCUGUCUGACGGCACUGAUGCCUGCCACUUCAAGUUUGUGCGCUCCCGCCAGGUGACGUCGAAUGCAGCGGCCAUUUUGAGCGACCAGCAGUUCAGCUCGCGCUUCGACAAGGGCGAUCACAUUGAGGUGUCGCCAGACUCGGCACGCGUCAUGUCGGUGCUUGCCGACUGGGUAUCGCAAAAUAGCGGCAUGGCACUGAUCGUCGACUAUGGCCAGGACUGGACGCAGGGAGACACGUUCCGUGGCAUCCGCAAGCACAAGUUCGCCAACCCGCUCAGCCAGCCCGGAUCCAUGGAUCUGACAGCCGAUGUGGAUUUUAGCUACCUGCGCAUGGCCGCCCGCGGCAAGGCCAAGUGCUUUGGACCUGUCGAGCAGGGCAAGUUCUUGCACGACAUGGGUAUCCAGGCACGCCUGAAGCAGCUGCUGCAGACCACCAAGGACACGAAGGUGCAGCAGGACCUGGUUGACUGCUACAAGCGGCUGACCGACCCUAACAGCAUGGGUCGCAUCUACAAGGUGCUGGCUGUGCUGCCCAACAGUGCCCAGGGCGUGCCUGUGCCGUUUACACUGCCCACCAAGGAGGAGCUGAAUCGGCCCAAGGUUGAAAAGAUCGUAAAGUAAUCAAAAUUCCAAAGUCUAUUUCAUAGAAGC